ACCGCUGGGGGUAGGAUGUGUUGCUCUGUGCUCCGACUGCCUCACAUCCCUGCUUACCCUCCCUCACGGCCCUCCUCGUCCUCCCACACUCCUCAAGAUGCGCCUCGGACUGGUGAUGUGGUACUGUGUGGUGGGUGUGAUGGGCCGCGCCAGGGAACCCCCACCGCCACCACAACACACGACCCCACAAGAUGUACUACUGCCUCAAGACACGUUACCACACGACACUCUGCCGAAGUACACGCCCUUACUAUACGACACCCAGCCACAAGACGGGUCACAACACAGCUCCGGCACCCAGGAGGAGGUGAUACAUGCUGAGGAACUGCUGGAGAAGUAUGGCUACUUGGAUUGUGUGCCCCCUGGCAGUGAAGACAACGUGCGCCUGCACCGUCUUCUACUGUAUCGGCGUCAACAGUCACCCAACACCCCACAAUACGAUCCUCUGGAUUUCAGACUGGUGGCGCCACACACAAGAAACUUACCUCAACAAACGGAAUACCACACCAGUGGUGACCACAGUAUGGAGAGAAUGCACAGGUGGGAGACACUGCCACAGGAGGACCUACAGAUUCCCUCAGUGCGCCAAGACUUGCUGUCUCCUCUCUGGAGCUCCCGAACAAGUGCCUCCCAAAAGGAAUUGAAGGGGGAAGAGGGCCCCUCAGUAGCCGUAUGGGACCCCGAUACCAACCAACUCCACUAUCUCUCCGUCUGCUCUGACGCACAGAUACAACAAGCAGUACAUAAAUUUCAGGCACUGUACCACGUGGGUGCUGGGGGCACGCUGGACCACGACACGAUGGAGCUCCUCUCCAGCCCUCGCUGUGGGAACCCCGACACACUCAUGGAUGAGCCCAACAGCUUGACAGAAGAGCCAAGCCCAGUACUAAAUCAUCCGCGGUUUGCCAGGCAUCAGAGUCGACCACGCCGAAGUACCGACCCGGAAAUUUAUAAACAGAAAACGACCGUGGAACCAACACAAAAUACCGAUCACAACGACGUAAUCCAGCUCACUUUCCCUGAUUCCAGUGAUUCUAGAGGUCCUAAUGUGCCAUCUAAAGCUGGGAGAAUCUCAGCAGGCACAGAAAAAAGCUCAAAGGAGACUAUGUCAGACCAGGAACGGAUGAGAGCAGUGGCAGAGGAGCUGAGGGAAGCGACUAGAUCCCGCCAUCCUCCAGUAGAGCAACAUGUGGAGGGAGAGCCUCACCCCUCGGAAGCCUUGAGACGACGGCGGAGGUGGGUGGAGGACCUGAUGGACAGAAUACACUCCGGGGAGGAGGACGUCCGUUUUGCUGCCCUUACACAAACCUUGACCAACACAACUGGCCAAGCGCAGGGUCACACACGAGGCAAGAGAUCCAUCAAUUCUCACUUAGGAAAACCAUUUAAUAUGGACCUCAUUACCUGGCGCCUGGUAACGUCUGGGUAUAGCUCUCAGCUGGGGGUAGGAGCUCAGAGGGCAUCGCUGGCGCUCGCCUUUAAGAUGUGGUCGGAGGUCAUCCCACCAGUCUUCCUCGAGGACAAGAUCUCCUCCAGUGAGGCCGUUAACAUCAGCAUUGGCUUCGGCAAAAGGAGUCACCUGGGUUGCGUGACGGAGUUCGACGGACUGGGAGGAGAGCUGGGCCACACCCUGAGGCCAAAACAAGACACCCAAAUCCACAUGGACGACGACGAACACUUCACCCUCGACUCUGACCUCGGAACCAAUCUCAUCAAGGUGGCUGUACACGAGAUCGGGCACGUGCUGGGGCUGGAGCAUGUGGUGAGAAACUACUCCAUCAUGUAUCCCGUGUACGAAAAAGUCCUUCCCAAUCGAGGUCUCGAGCUGGGCUGGGAGGACCGCAAGUUGGUGCAACAGGUUCACGGCGCCUGCAUGGGGGCCUUUGACACCGCCUUCGACCUGCUCAGGUGGCGUCCAGAUGGCUCCCUCACCUAUAACACCUUCUUCUUCAGGAAGGACCACUACUGGAUGUAUGAGAACAGGUACAACCGCACAAGGUUUGGGGACCCACUGUACAUCCAGCCAGAGUGGCAGGGCCUUCCCGACAACCUGGACGGCUACGCCCAUGUCUGGACACGCACUAAGGAUGUCCACCUCUUCUUCAUAGGUGACUCCUAUUACGUUUUCGACCCUGUGUCUGGACGUGUUGCCCCUGGCUACCCUCGCCACAUUGCCCAGGACUUCCAUGGGCCACCAACAUCCAAGCGGCCACUCGGACGCACCAUACCCAGUGACAUAGACACUGUCUACUUCGACAAGAGGGAUGAGAACCUCUACUUCUUCAAGGGCAAGAAGGUUUACGGAUACGAUGUGAGCAAAGGGUCUACUGGAUGUUGCCUGCCUGGGUACCCGCGACGAAUCAGGGAAGAGUUUCCAUCUGCUACCCAGGACUUCCGACCUCUCCCACGUGACCUAGAUGCUGUCUACUACUCCUAUACUGAUCAAACACUCUUCUUCCUUAAGGGUCAUAUGUUCUGGGAGAUGGUGACCUUCAACGCUCAUGACCUGCUGCGGAACAACAGCGUGGUGGGGCCAUUCUUCAUCCACCAGAAGUGGUAUGACAUUUGCGACACUGAACCGGACUCCUAUAAUGCUUAUAAUAUUCCCUCGUCUAGCACCAGGGUGAGAGAUUGAUAAUGACUUUGACAAGUAAAUCAAGUCCUCUACCAUUAAUAACCAUAAACUGUCGCCUUUUCCGGUGAUGAUGUUCCUAAAAGAUAUUUCUCUACCACAAUGUUAGUGGGAGAUUUUAAAUACAAUAUAUUGUAUGCUGUAUACAUAUGAUACCCUGAAUAGAGAUUUCCCUUGGGAUUCGUAGGCUUGGGGUUUAUCUCCCUUUAACAUAUAGACUUAAUAUUUGGUUUGUUUCUUCAGAACAUUAGAUAUUUUACAGCACUCGUAGACCUCGGUAUCCAGUAGCCUGUGUAACACCAAUUUAUGUUGGUACAACUCCAGCUCCUAGGGUGCUAAUUAGUGACGUGUUUUUACGGUAGAACUCUGGCACCUUUCACCAGCACUUUACUACACACUGACUAAGAAAGAACCUCUUUUGUUCCAGCCCCCAUAUAUAAUUCAUGAGAUAAAAGUUACCCUUAUAAGUAAUUCAUGAAAAAAAACAGUCACUCAGUCCCACACCUAAGUGAUUUAUGAAGAGAUAAUAUUGUACAGUACAGUACUUUUGCUACUUAGCCCCAUAAAUGACUCGCUAUGUAAGAACAGUCAUUCAGUCCCCACGAAUGGCAUGUUGGGCCAGGAUGACACCACAAAAGUGCUUCAGUAAGAGAAAAGCAUCCUGUUUCCUUAAGUUCUUGUCACCUUACCUGUUUGAUCAGAAAUUGUACAGUGACUUCAGAACCCAAGUUUGUGGUUUAUGAAGUGAUAGUACGGGACAGUACUUGGCUGAAAAUUAAUUUAGGUGAUCUAGAACUCCAAAGGCAGACAACUAUUGCUUGUACAAUAACUAAGUACAGUACAGUAAUGUUAAUAUUUUUAUUUUUUCAAAGUUGGACUACAUGAUGUGACCCUUAUGUUACAUCAUAUUUCUUUGAGGUAGUAAUUAUAUAAAAUAAUACUGUACUAAUGAUCUGGACUGGUGAUGUGGAGUGGUACACCAGUUUGAGUACAAACUUGGUGAGGUCAUUGUUUACCUAAUGAGGACAGUGGUAAUUUGAUGAAUGUGUGGAGGAUCUUGAGGAGGUCACUGGUGUUAGGAUGAGGGACUGAUUAGGUUAUUUAUGACAUAGUGUGUUUUGGUGACCUGGUGAGGACUUCUUAUGAUAUGACUUAAAGGUGCAGCAGUAUUAUAAUGUGUUUAGAGUAGUGAUGACCAGAUGGGGGUAUUGGUGAUCUGUAAGUUAAUCAGUACAGUAAUUGUUAAUAUGGGGUAAAGUGACUUGAUGCAUGUAAUAAUGAACCAGUAAGUGUGGUGUUUUCUUGUACAUUGAGCAGUGACUGGAUAAUGGUGACUUAGUGAUGGUCACUUGAGUAUAGUUAGUGAUGACUUAAUAGCACAGUUUGUCAUUUGCCAAUGUUACUUAAAAUAAAUUUGAGAUGACAUGGCAACAGUAUGGUAGCAAUGUUGGACAGAGGACAAAACAUCACAGUAGAAAUACUGUACUGCAUAUAGUUCAAAUGCUGACAGCUGUUUUGUUUUAGUGUAGUUUGUUCUAUGUCUUUUAAUGAGAAAGAUAAUAAUUGUAGCAGUGAUUAUUUGAAAUUAUUAUCGAGGGUAACAGGUAAACAGUGCUUUGUUUGUCCUCUGCACCGCUACCAUGGGGUCGCCCAGAAGAUCUGCCCACAACUGUGUGACGUCAAUGACAAACAGUGCUAUAUGAACAUUUGUGACCUUUUGAGUGCAGUGGUGACCUGGUGAAUGCAGUGGUGAGUUAAUGAAUGCAGUGGUGACCUGGUGAAUGCAGCAGUGACCUGGUGAAUGCAGUGCUAAUAUGACAAGUGUUACAGCAACCUGAUUAGGGUAAUGGAGAGGGUCACUAUGGGAAACUGCAGCGCCAUUUUUUUUUUUAAUCUUAACAUGUUUACAUGGCAGGCUCAUUCUAACAUAGUGUGUUUAUUGUAAACCAUUACAUUGUGUGUAUAAAAAUUAUAUAGGUUGACUCAGUCUUGCAAUAACUGUUGAUGAGACAAAAGAAUCCAUGUAUCUUACAAUCAGUUUUAUUCACGGACUGUUUAAGAUAGUAGUUAUAGACCCUUUACCUGAAUAAUACAGGGCAUUUAAAAGUAAUUUUAUGUGUGUAUGUAUGUGUGAGUAUUUACAGAAUCCUUUGAGGUAGUUACUCAUCCAAAAUGCUGGUAUGUCCUCCAUUAUUUUCUUCAUAUAACUAUAUUCCUUACCAUGUUUGCUGAGACUAAAACUUGCAGGCAGGAUUGUAAAGAACUCAUCAUGGCGAUCCGUGAUGAGUUUUUACAAUUCUGCCUGCAUGUUUACGAGAAAUAUAAGCAAACUUGGUGAAAAUUAUGUGCAGAAAAUGGUAAGAGUACAAUACAGUUCAUAAAAAUGCUCUGAAUGUGUAAUUUCCUCAGUCAAAUCUGGAAACACGAACAUCAAAGGACUUUGUAAACAACCUGUAUAUAUUGCCUUCUGACUGAAAUAUUAAUAAGUGAAUUUUAAUAUCUAUUUACAAAGGAUCUGGGACAUAAAUCUCUACUUUAAUGUAUGCUAUGAAAACAGAAGCACCCCAUCAAGUCCAUGAUUUAACAAAAUUAUAAAUUUCUAAGUUCUGUAAACUCUUAUAAAUCUCUUGACUUAGGUGAUUCCUUCCAUCUGCUUAUGUUCCAGUCUUCUUCUUUAUCUGUGAUAUUAGAUAUAAUCAGACAGACUGUACAUUCGGCUAGCCUCGCAUUGUACUUGUCUUGGGAAAUGAAACUUUUUCAUAAGGCCAUUGAUUUGUCAUGUACUAUAAUUAAUCUCUCAACUUAUCAUUUACUGUACACUUAAACUAGGCAAUAUUAAUUGUCACUUUUAUAAUUAAUAACAGUAAAUCUUAUCAUUUUAACCAGUGAAAAAAUAGAAGACAACCAAAAAAUUUCACUUCAUCAUGAAAAUAUAUAUACUGUACUGUACUAAGCCAAAUUAUUUUAACUUACUACUAUCACUAAUUCUUUGUUUCAUCCUUCAUUAGUAUUCAAGUCAAACUUCAUUAAUAGUUUUUAUUUUAUGAUGUCAUUAUAUUAAUACAGAUUUUCAUUUUGCUGUAUUAUUUAUUACUGUGUAGUUAAAAUAUCGCCUGUAAUAAGCUUUAAAGUAUUCAAUCCUGACAGCCAUCUGGCAAAAAAGUUAAUUAAUGUUAUUGUAGAUCUGUAAAUAAUUAAAAGAACAUCAAAAAUUUUCAGCAUA